CUCUGUCAAUGGAAGUUGUAGCCGUUCAUGCAAAAUAAGCAGCCACCUCUUCUUCCCUGCGACCGGCUCGCGCACAACCGGCUUCUUCCCUCUUCCCGCCGACCAGCUCGCGCGCCACGGAACCCGACCUCGCACGCCGCCGUCCCUGUCUCUCUCAGGAGAAGGGAUAGGGGAGGAUGAUAUUGCUCCAGUCGCCGUCCAGGUUCUUGCUUCAGAUCCUAAAAGAACGUGUCCUAAGUGGCGACAAGGGCGUGGACAUCGAUUGCCAGACAGUGGAAUUCGAUGAUGUGCGGUAUCAUAUCCAGUUCUCUAUGAGAAAUCCAAAGGCAAUGGUGCUAUCAGUGGCACUGCCCCUCGCACCUCCUGAAGCUAUUCUGUACGACGGGCUUCCACUUGGUGCUAUUGAUGCUAUUAAGGCGGCUUAUGGGCCAGUGGUUCAAAUUCUUGAUCCUCCAAAGGAUGGCUUUGAUCUCACAAUGAAGAUAAAUUUAACAAAGCUUCCGCCAGAUGAAGAACAGCGGAAUGCUCUCUUGACACAGAUUGCAUCUGUGAGAGAGGUUGUGCUGGGUGCACCGCUGAAGCUUCUGCUGAAGCAUCUAGCUACAAAGACAGUGGCUCCUAACGUGGACAAGCUGGUUGCCCUUGUUCACCGUCCUAAUGAAUCAUUCUUCCUUGCUCUCCAGCCAGAUAAAGUUACUGUUGUGUACCCAAUGAGGUUCCAGGAUUCCAUUGAUAUUGUCUUAGCAACUUCUUUCCUGCAGGAGUUUGUGGAAGCAAGGCGGACUGCUGCUCUUAGUAACGCUCCUUCCUGUAUGUGGUCUCCAGUUCCUCCUCUUGAGUUAAAAGGCAUGGAUGCGGAUGCACUAAAUGCAAAUGCCGGUUUUGUUACUUUUGUCGUUUCCCCUAGGCAUGUUGAAGGUAGAAAGCUAGACAAAACAGUUUGGAGUUUGUUAACAUUUCAUGCUUACGUAAGCUACCAUGUUAAGUGUUCCGAAGGAUUCAUGCACACAAGAAUGAGGCGUAGAGUUGAGACUCUGAUCCAGGCUUUGGACCGUGCAAAAUCUGACGCUGAGAAGCUAAAGAAGUUGGUGCAUGGCGCGUCUUUUAGAAGAAUGAGCUUGAACGAAGGCAACUAGCAUCUCUCAAGGGGUCAAUCCAAACAAGCAUAUCAUUUCAAGGUUGCUCGACUUCCAAUCAUGGGUGCAGGGUGGUGAGGGUGCUACUGGUAGACAACUUUUUUUUCAUUCCCAGCAAGAUUAGGCGCAACCGUUGAAACACAGACAGCACCUGUGCGCAAAAAAAAAAAAAAGAGUCAGCACCAUGAUACUGUUCAUCAUUGCUUGUUUGUAUCUGUGGUGGAAAUUUGACUUGAGGAAUAGGUGGAAAUUGAACUGAUCCAUAUGACCUGACGCUAUUUAUUUUCUUGUGUGAA